GUGCAUGUGUGUACCAAUUCAAUAAAUAUGGGGGCUGGGUCGGCAUGAGGGUUUCUGUAUAUGGCUGUAUUGUAUGUAGAUGACCCGACUGCCCACAGCCAUGGGAAAAGGGAAGGGGAUUGCCGCUUGCUGGCCUCUGGCUCCCCCACUUUCUUGCUCACUGCCUGACUGACUGACUUGGGUGUGUGCAUGUGUGUGAGCGUGCAGUGGCUGCUUGAUUGAGUGAUGAUGGUGAUUCGUGACGUAUUUGUAUGCAGGAAGGAAUGGCUGGCUCGAUUUUGGUCUGAGCGAUCAGUGCACAUGAGUGAGUGCCUUCCCCUGUCUGUGUGGCUGCCUGUCUUCCCCCCCGUCUGUCUGUCUGUCUGUCCCUCAGUCAAGUGAGUUUCCCGUCUGAUGCAUCAAGGCAGUACAGGGUGGGUGGGUGGAUGGUUUUGAGCGAGAGUGAGCCGGCGGUCCGAUCUGUCUGUAGUUAGAGAUACGUUUGUCCGAUUGAUUGAUCGGAUCGAUCGAUCGAUCGAUCGAUACAUAUAUAUACAUGUACGGAUAGCUACACGUCGUGCGUAUGAGCGAUGUACUGUGCUGUGUACAUGUAUACAUGUAUACAUCGGGCGCAGUGGCUCACUCACUCGCUCACCCUCUGACAGACACAGACACAGUGGGUGCAUGCACUGCACUUGCGCGCGGAGAGGGAAAGACAGAGUGGGACUGCGUUCACACACGAGUAGCGUGCAUGUGGACGUGUGGUCUUCCUGGGGUUGCAACCGGACAGGCAGACAGAGAGCUUAUGUGGGCAGACAGAGAGCUUAUGUGGGCAGACAGAGAGCUUAUGUGUACAUGGUGCAUAUAUGUGGUCCAUCACUGGAAGAUUGAUUUUCGGUAGCGAGUGGGUGCUCCAACCAAGCCACUCGCUGACCUUCCAAUGAUGACCGAUCGGUGGACGGACGGACGGACGGACGGACGGAGGGAAAGACAGACGGACGGAAGGACGGAUCGAUCUGCUCCCACAUCUCCAUAUGCAUACGAUCUGCAUCCUUUUUCCUCCUCCGUAUGUAUAUCACAGACAAGCACCGUAUCUAUCGCACUUUCUGCACAUACGGGUGCAGGAGACUAUCGGCAGUGAGGUGAUGGGCCAUUUGUGUCUGUCUUCGUGUCCUUUAAGGUGUCAUAUUCUCCUCCCUCCCUCCCUCCCUCUGUCUGUCUGUCUGUCUGUGUAUGAGUUUGCCUGUGUGGUGUGUAUGUACAUAUAUGUCUACGUAUACAUAUGUGCUGUAGUGAGUUGUGUGGUGUGUUGGGAAGCGGGCCGCUCAAACAUUGGGCUUGGCCCCUCUGACGCCCUCCCAAUCGAUUGAGCGUCGAGUGUCGGUUUUGAUGUCUCUCUCAGUCAAUCCAUUCGUUGAUGGAUGCAGGCAGGAAGACAGACAGCUGAUGAUUCAUUCCUUUUUCGAUCCGUAUACACAGUACAGGUACAAUAUCGUCCGUCCCCUCAUUCUUCACUACUCGUGUCGUCCGUGUCCCUUCUUUCUUUACUUUCCUCACUGGUCUGUCUGUCUGUCUGUCUGUCUGUCUGUUCGCCCGUCUGCCUGCCUGCCUGCCUGUGCGGCGAUCCGGCUGCUCGGCUGUCUGUCUUGUUUCCCCACUUUGCUGUUUACGUCCGCUUUGCUGGAUGGCUGGCUGUGCAGUGUCGAUAGAUAGCAGCAGGUAUGACAGGUAUCAGAUUCGUGCCGCGUGUGAUGUGAGUGAGUGAGUGUUUUUGCGUGUCGUGUGCGGUGGCCACGUGAUACAUACGUGGCACGAGGAGUGUGCGAGCGAGACGAAAUGCGAGUACCAUACGGGGAGACUCAGCUCAGUGUGGGUGGAACCAUCCUAAACCAUCCAUUCGUUCGCCAGAAUGCGUGUUGGCAUCUAGUCACGUUUUGUGAGUACUUGAAUCGUGGUGGGGUGGCGUGUGUGAUCCCGUGUGUGCCGUCAUAAUCGUUCGUACUCGCGCAGCCUCGUGCCAUGGACGGACAUGUGUCUGACUUUUGCUUGCCACUGGUUGAAGUGUGCGGAAAUGGAGUAUGUAAAUGCGUUGAUCUUGCCAAGGAGACAGACGCUUGAGCGAAAAGACACCCACAACAGCAAAAACACAAUUGCAAGGAACGGGCGAGAUUCUCGAAGGGAGACAGCUCAAGAGACGAUUUCUCCGAAAACGCAUCUUCGUCUGUUUUUCAAUCCUCCCUAGAUACAUGAAAAGGACGCCCGCCCUCUCACCGUCGACGAAUUCCUCAAGAAGAGUACACCCCUUAAUUUAUUUCAUAUUUUGGGGGGGUCGGGUGCCUCCCUCUGCAAGCUUCGCGCUCCUGCAAAAGAGCUCUUCCGAUAAGGCCGCUAGUUGUAACGCCGUGAGAUGGCACGGAGCGGUAGCCAACGGCCCCGAGGUCGUCAUGAGCUGCAAGAUGGCUGAUGAGGCAGAGUCUGCCAACGUGCGGCGGGCCUUCGAGGAGGCCGACAAGAACAGCCCAGCCAUCAUUUCUGUCGACUACAUCGACUCCAUCCCACGGGACAAAACUAACGGAGAGGUGACUGACCUGACGGUGUGUGGCCACGGGAUAUCAUACCUCUGUGUGUUGUGUGUUGUGGGUAGGUCGAGCGUCGUGCGAUGUCGCAGCUGCUCACACUCAUGGAUGGAUUCAAGAGCCGCGGACAAGUCGUCGUCAUCAUCGUCGGUAUGACAGUCGCCCACAUGCGCACACACACUCUCUGCCAUUGUCCAUCCACCCCUCUCUGUCUGUCUGUCUGUCUGUCUGUGUGUGUGUGUGUCAAUGUUCAGCGGUGACCCAGAGCCCCAGGAAUUCUGUGAUAGGUACGGCCUGUUGGACCGGGAGAUACAUGUCAUCGGUGUGCCGGACGUCGACAACAACGGCCGGCAGGAUAUCCUCCGCGGUCCCACCCGCAACAUGAAUCUGUGUCAGGAGGACAUAAUCGCUGCCAACACACAGAUUUGUCGUAAGUCUUUCAUCCCUCCCUCCCUCCCUCCCCACGCACCCACCCACAGACACAGAGAGAGCAUUGCGUGAGUGAGUGCGUGCGUGAAUGCACACACACAUGGCUUCUGUUCUUUCUUCGUCGGUGUGUAUGUUAUGUUGGCAUGAUGGAUGAAGGGUGCGACUUUGGCUCGGCUGUGCACCGAGGCUGCGGUGCAGCAGUGCAUCCAGCACAAGGAGGACCACCACAGGAUUUGCAGCUAGAAGCACACGUGUUACGUAAUGCACACGCGUGUGUGUGUUCUCUGUGUGUGUGGUGUGUCAGUUCCCUGAGUGUCGAGUUGAUGGCUGCUGGCCACGUGCCAACAACUUCGCCAUCAACAUGCCACGAGAAGUAGCGGUACGUCCUAUAGCUAAUCAUACAGCCACACAUCCGAGCGAGCGACCAGAGCAGAGCUGUCUUUUCGAUCACUGCAUUCACUCGUAAUACGCAUUUGCCCUCAUGUCUGUCCGUCUCUCGCUCUCUCUCUCUCUGUGUGUGUGUGUGUGUUGUGUGUGUGUGUGUAUGUGUGCAGGUAUUGCUGAUGGAGGCGAUCCAGUUGCAGCAGAGGUACAGCAGUGGGUCGCUGUCAGCCAACCAAGCACACAGGUGAGGGAGGGUGCGUGGGCAACACCCCCCACCCCCCCACACACUCACUCACACCACCUGCCAUGCCAUCCCGUGUGCGUCAUAUGUGGCUGUCUGUCCGUCAUCCUUUCCAUCUGCAGGCGUGUGCGCCGUGUGUUUGAGGGCCACAGUUUGGUUGCGCGCAAGUACGGUGCGGUGGUGUAUCUGAAGGCCGUCAAGGAGUACCUCCGGCAGGCCGCUGCGAGGGUCAUGUGCACGACAGACGAUGGUGAGUGAGUGAGUGAGUGAGUGAGUGCAUGACACACGUACACACACACACACAUAGAUAGAUAGAUAGAUAGCUACACAUACAUGUGUGUUACGUAUGUGUUACGUAUGUGUUGCUUGCUUGCUUGCUGCAUGGCAUGGCAUGGCUGGCUGGGCUGCAGCGUUGUUGACCAGGUUGCGCGACGAGUGGCGGGCCCACAGCUGGAACAUGACGAUGCUCAGGGAGAUCCUGAUGGCCAACGAGGACAAGUUGGUCACCCCGCACGUCGACGCGUCUGUCGUCUUGUUGUGCCUCCACCAAUUCGGCCGAGAGGUCAGUCAGUCACCCUCGAUGGAUGGAUGGAUGCAUGGACAUUCUUACUUACACAUACACACAUACACAAACAUCAUGAUCACACAUCGGUAACAUCAUGAUCACACAUCGGUGUGAUCAUGAUAUGUAUGAUGUUGUCACUCACUCACCAGGUUUCAAGGACCGUCAGGUCACCGCCCUGCUCAAGAAGAUUGAUCGCAUCCUCGUCAAGAAGAACACCAUCCAGAUGCUCGUCGAACUGGGUAGGCACCUUACCUGCACACACGCCGCACCGCUGACACACACAGCAGGGGGCGAGGCCAGCCAAGGAGUGGAUGUGAUGUAUCUAUGUAUGUGUGUGUGUGUUGCUCCGUGGUUGUGUAUGAGCCGACACGCACGACCGAGCGGCAGGCGGCAUCCAGCGAAUCGACGGCAUCGAAAGGCACUACGAGUUGACGGGCCUGCUUGGAAGGGGCGGGUAGGCAAGCAUGUAGAGACACAUCCAUACACGAUUAUCGUGUGUAUGGUAUGGUAUGCAUGCAUGCAUUGUGUACGUGUGCGUGUUGUGUCUUGUGUCAGGGAUGGCUGCGUACACUCGGCCAUCCCCGUCGGUGGCUCCACGGAUGCCGAGGUGGCCAUCAAAACGAUUCCCAAGAACACUGGAGAAGAGGCACAAUGGUAAGACAAGAGCGCAUGAACACGUGCAGUGCAGUGCAGUGCAGUACAGUGUGUUGUGUUGUGUUGUGUGUGUGUCUGUGUGUGCAGUGACGCUGCCGUCAUAUACGAGCGGCUAGCACGUGUCCCAGCCCACCCAAACCUCGUGCGUGUGCGGGGCGUCUACGAGACCGUCGACGCCAUCCAUGUGGCGAUGGACAAGUGUAAUGGACUCGACCUUGUGAGUGCAUAUAGACAGUGUAGUGUAUGCAAUCCAGAACUGCAUGUCUGCCUGUCUGUCUGUCUGUCUGCGUGUGCAUAUGUGUGUGCACUUAGGCACACUUCGCCUUCGUGGACCACUGUGACCGUCCGAUCGGCGAGGACCUCGUCAAGUCGAUCAUGCGGCAACUGUUCCAAGGACUGCAACACCUGCAUGGCCACCAGGUACGUACGUACGUAUGCAUAUGCAUUCAUUCAUCACAUCCACGUGUGAAGACUGACCAACUGCACUGCAGCCACUCAAUGCGAUGGAUGUGUGCAUGCAGAUUCUCCACAGGGACAUCAAGCUUCUGAACCUGAUGUUCGACGGGCGGCUGGCGAGGCUCAUCGAUGUCGAUCACGGCUUACUCCUCGACCGCCAGCCCGCAUCCAACAUAUGCUCCAAAAGCCACUGUCGUCGUCGGCACACCCAGUUUCAACGUACGUAGGCUAAGAGGGCCGGCUGCAUAUGUAAAUAGACUGCCAUUCGUGUGCGUGUGUGCCUAUGUGUAGGCGCCUGAGACCUGGUUUGGCCGAUAUUCAGUCCAGAGCGACCUGUGGCAAUGCGGCGUAGUCAUGUACGUCACACACAACACAAACACACAGGGAUGUGCCGCAUAUGUAUGUAUGUAUGUAUGUAUUUAUGUGCCUGUUUGUUGUAUGUGUGCGCACAGGUAUGUGCUCUUGUGGAAGCGAUUCCCAUUUCGCCCGCCGUAAGUGACACACAUGUGUGAAGCCGGGCUGAGUGACAAACGAUCCCUUUGUUUGAUGUGUAACCUGUGUUGUGUGCGGUGCGUCUACACAGGCUGAGUGCGCGCGCGAGACGCUGCGUUGCCCCCAUGCUGCAGAAGGACGAAGCUCAGCGGGCGAUGGACCAGGCGACGUGUGAUGAGAAGACGCCUUUCGUGACAGCUGGCGAGAGCGAGAAGGAACGUGUCGGCUCAGAGCUGCCUGUAUCGUCCUCAGCUGCCCAUGACCCAUCACCACAUGGUCAACAAACCCAGGCCAGGUAGCUGCAUGGACGCACACACACAGACACACACACACACACACACAGAGAGAGAGAGAGAGAGAGAGAGGUGUGAGUGAGUCGGCGAGCACAAACAGCCAGAGAGAGAGGAAUGCGUGUGCCUCCACUUAUCUGUCUGUCCAUCUAUCGAUCUACAUUCAUGUGUGUGUAUCGUGUGUGGAUGUCCCCCAUGCAGGCCCAAAGUGGGGACUGCCUGAGCGUUGCUGAGGGCGAGUACUUUACGAUCAUCUAUGCGGGGGAUGCCAACGGCUGGUCGCGAGGACAACUGGCGAGCGGCGCGGUUGGUGAGCCACACACACAAAUACGCACACGAAAUGGCUCUUGGUUUGUAUAUCUGCAACCAUUGGCAGUUGUUGGUCAUGCUCAGGGAUGGAUCGCUACCUACAUUUUAUAUUCGAGUGGCUCUUCCUCAUUGCCCCCUGCACAGGCAGACAUAAAAAUUCAGUCACGUGCGUGGCGUGUGUGAGCGAGACAGAAAAUUUUUGCGCGCAUGCGAUCUUUUUGAUUCGAUCAUGGAUGCAGGCCCGAACGCGAUGCUGGCCUGUUCCAGCAAUACCUGUCUGACUUGGCCAAAGUACGCACAGUACAUUGUGCAUGAAGGCAGGCCUGCCUGCAUGCAUGCCUCCUCUAUGUCUUUCUCUGUCGUGCAGGGACCGCCACUAAGUGCCGACAUGUGGGCAGCGUCGCCCGACGCCUGCCGGCUGCUCAUCUCCCUGCUCACGCUGGCACCGGACAGGGAGACACACACAUAUGCACGUCUGUGUAUGAAUCUGUACAUGUCGAUCUGUCUGUCUGUCUGUCUCUCAGCAGGAGACGCCGAAAGCCAUCCCGCCCAUCAUACAAGAAGAGAUUCUGUUUGCGCAUGUGUAUGGUGUGUUGUGUUUGGUGUGUCUGUGCGCGUGCCGCAGGUUGAUAGUGGUGUUGUUUUGCUGAAGAACUACGAGGUGAUCCACCCCACAACAACACACGCAGUGACUGACCCAAAACAAGAACCACAAGGUGAUCCAUGGCUUGCCACACACCCGCACAAGUGGACCAGGUACCGACACACUCACUCGCAUGCACACAGACAACACGCAGACGCUCACUGACUGAGGCCGUGUGUAUUGUGUUCUGGUGGCUGCAGUGUGUGGUCGGCUCCCUAGUGUUCAUUGUCUAGUUGUGAUCGGCGCAUCACGGUAAGACAGGUAGGGUACCAACACACAUGCGGCACACACAUGAUGACCACACGCACGCCCUUGUGUUGCUGUGUGUGUUGUGUGCGUGCUGCUUGAAGAUGGCGAAGCCAUGGCCGAAGAUGUUCAUGGUUCCUGUUGGCGAGCAGCAGCCCAUCGACAAGCUUGAGCAACGAUUGCGCCCACACGAGAGCCGGAAGAAGAUCUCCUACGACAAGGCCCUUGGAGUCACUGUGCUGUAGGACAGCCAACGCACCAAAUACAGCGGCGUCAAGGACACGCGCCCAGACGGUAGGCGACUGGGAAGGCUGCAUGUGCAGGCUGAAUGCAUCAAUCAAUUGUGUGCUUGAUAUGCCGCUGCUCUCGCCGCAGGUGCAUAGAGAGAUGUUCUUAAGGGGAUAGGACAAUGCAGACAGGCGACUACCCGGUCUGCCAGCGUACGGCAACGAGGGCGCCCCGUGGUGACCCUUCUGUUUCGCAACCGCCCGCAUCGCCACUACGAGAUCCUGUACCCAGUGUAAACGAAGACACAACACACACACACACACGGCCGCACACACAUAAGACCACUGGUUGCCUAUGCAGAUUGCCACCAGGUCUGCUUCACGCCAGUCGAGGCCUUUGAGGGCGUGUGCUCCAAUUGCCGCGUCUAUUGCGUCUUGCGCACACGGGUAGGGACCGAAGUGACACGACAAGGUGCCGUUGAUGGUUGGUUUUGCGUGUGUUUCACUGCAGGACAUGCUCAAGUGCAUGCACCGAUUCUGCGGGCCAUGUGCCAAGAAGCUGUGGAAGAAGGGGAGGGGAAGGCCACACCACGACGCCUCCACAUUGUCCGCCAUUCUCGACUGUCGCUGCCUGCCUGCAUGUUUGCUCGCUCAGGAACAGCUGGAUGGCGACGAGAAGCGCCCGAUUUGUUUCCGGUCAGACGACGCCGUCGGGCAGUGGCACAGUGCCGACUCUGUUCCGGCAAGGAAGAUGUGUUCAAGCUGACCUGCUGCAAGAAGGUACGCCCAUCUCUCUCGCCCAUCUGCAAGGAGGAAUGUGUGUGUUUGUGUGUGUUUGUGUGUCUGUGCAGCCCGGAGAGGGUGAGGGCAAGGGCGCGGAGCGUCAGCCGGAGGCGUCCGCAUGGGCGUCCGACGUGGACGGCG